UACAGAGCACCGCACCGACCCCCGCCCGGCUCCGCACGGCCCCGCACGGCCCGGAGGAAUGAGCUCGUCCUCCGGCGUCCGCAUCGCACUGACGUGAGCGCGUGUGGGCUCUUCCCCGCCUCGACAGCCGCGCCGCUCCGCCGUCUCCACAGCCCGCAGCUCGGUGCAGGACGGUCCCGCCCGCAGCGGCAGCGGCAGCGGCAGCCCGGGACCAUGGCGGAGAGGAGCGGCCGGCUGAGUUUCCCCGGCAGCGGGGCGCUCAACAGACCGGUCCCCAUGAACCUGUUCGCCACCUGGGAGAUAGACGGAUCGUCCCCGAACUGCAUCCCGAGACUGUGCAGCCUGACUCUGAAGAAGCUGGUUGUGUUGAGGGAACUGGAUAAAGAGCUCAUAUCUGUGGUCAUCGCCGUGAAGAUCCAGGGCUCCAAGCGGAUCCUGAGGUCCCAUGAGAUUGUGCUGCCACCCAGUGGCUCCGUGGAGACCGACCUGGCUCUGACCUUCUCACUGCAGUACCCGCACUUCUUAAAGCGCGAAGGCAACAAGCUGCAGAUCAUGCUCCAGAGGCGCAAACGCUACAAGAAUCGAACCAUCCUGGGCUACAAGACGCUGGCGGUGGGAUCGAUCGAUAUGGCGGAGGUGAUGCAGCACCCCACAGAAGGAGGCCAGGUUCUUCCUCUGUGCAGCAACCAGAAAGACAUGCUGGGCAAAGUGGCAGAAAUCUGGAUCUUCUCUCUGUCCAGUCAGCCAAUCGACCACGAGGAGGCGACGCUGCAGGGAGGACAGAAGAUCAAAUGCUCCGAUAACUACUCGGAGGAGGAGUACGAGAGCUUCUCCUCGGAGCAGGAGGCCAGCGACGACGCCGUGCAGGGCCAGGACCUUGAAGACGAUGAGUACGAAGUGAGGAAGCCAAAGAAGCAGAGGAGGUCGAUUGUCCGGACUCCCUCCAUCACCAGACAGCAGAACUUUAAGCAGCGUGUGGUGGCGCUGCUGAAGAGGUUCCGAGUCUCGGACGAGGUCCUGGACUCGGAGCAGGACCCUGCAGAGCCCCCUCCGGAGGUGGAGGAGGAGGACCUGGAUCUGGACAGCGUGGAGUUCGAGAACCCGAGCGACAGCGGCCCGGAGCUGGACGACGACGACAGCGUCCUCAGCACACCAAAACCCAAACUCAAGCCAUAUUUCGAAGGUCUUUCCCUCUCCAGCUCGCAAACCGAGAUCGGCAGCAUCCACAGCAGCCGGAGCCACAGAGAGCCGCCCAGCCCGAUUGACCCAGAUAAAACAAAGUGUGGCGGGGCCAAGUUUCCAGAUGACGGUGUGUCUGAUAACGCCUCCUUUGAGCAGCCGGAGGCGGUGACGCCGACCACGGAGCUGGAGAUGGACAACAUGGACACGUUUUUAGAGAGAUUGCCACCGAGUGGCAAAAUGACCAAGACGGAGUCGCUCAUCAUUUCUUCUAACCGACAGGAACCCAAGCUGGCGGGGAGGCGAGGCAGGAGCACGUCCCUGAAGGAGCGCCAGCCCAGCAGGCCCCAGAACGAGAGGGCCAACAGCCUGGACAACGAGCGCUCUCUGGACACCCGCUGCCACCUGCAGAUCCCCAGAAAGACAGUUUAUGACCAACUGAACCACAUCCUGGUGUCUGAUAACCACCUGCCGGACAGCAUCAUCCUCAUCAACACAUCAGACUGGCAGGGCCAGUAUCUGUCGGACAUGCUGCAGAACCACCACCUGCCUGUGGUCUGCACCUGCACCACGGCCGACAUCCAGGCUGCGUUCAACACCAUCGUGUCCCGCAUACAGAGAUUCUGUAACUGUAACUCGCAGACUCCCAUCCCCAUAAAGAUCGCGGUGGCCGGAGCGCAGCACUACCUCAGUGCGGUGCUCAGGCUCUUCGUGGACCACCUCUCCCAUAAGACCCCGGACUGGCUCGGAUACAUGAGGUUCCUCAUCAUCCCGCUGGGAGCGCAUCCCGUCUCCAAAUAUCUGGGUACCAUCGACUACAGAUACAACAGUCUGUUCCAGGACGCCGCCUGGAGGGACUUGUUUCACAAGCCGGAGGCUCCUGUUGUCGCUCAGGAGAGUCCGGACGUGGUGUCGAGGGUCACGCAGUACAUGGUGGGAGCCAACGGGGCCCACCAGCUCCCCAUCGCAGAGGCCAUGCUCACCUACAAGCAGAAGAGGAAAAAGAGCUUUCAUUUUGAUUUUGCAGUAAGUCUCUCUGUUUCUUCCCUGGGGGGGCGAUGGCAGGUUUCUUCAAGUCCUGACGAGGAUUCAUGUCAGAAGUUCAUCCCGUUUAUUGGGAUGGUGAAAGUCGGCAUUGUGGAGCAAACAUCUGCAGCAUCAGGAGACUCCGAUGAUGCAGCUCCUCUCAGCUCCUCGCUGCUCUCCUCAACGCCUCCUCAAGUAUCGCCGGCUCUCAAAGAGGCCUCGCCCACACCGCCCUCCUCCCCCUCCGUCAACACCAGCUUUUGUGCUUACAGCUCCGGCGGUCAGGCGGAGCUGAUGGGGCUGCAGGUGGACUACUGGGUGGCUCCCACAGAAAGGAAGAAAGACGUGGAGAAGCGGGACUCCUCCUCCAAAAACACUCUGAAGUGCAAUUUCCGCUCGCUGCAGGUCAGCCGGCUGCCACUAGGGGGCGCGGAGGCGAGCCCUCAGCCCACCAUGUCCAUGACUGUGGUCACCAAGGAGAAGAACAAGAAGGUCAUGUUCCUGCCAAAAAAGAGCAAAGACAAGGAAGUGGAGUCCAAGAGUCAAGUGAUCGAGGGAAUCAGCCGCCUCAUCUGCACUGCCAAGCACCAGCAGACGAUGCUGAGAGUGCUGAUCGACGGCGUGGAGUGGAACGAUGUCAAGUUUUUCCAGCUGGCGGCUCAGUGGUCCUCGCACGUCAAGCACUUCCCCAUUGGCAUCUUCGGACACACGAAGGGACCGUACUAACGAACGCUCAGAGACUCAGAUCCUCCUCCUCCUCCUCCUCCUCUUCCUCCUCCUCCUCCACACACUUCUCUCGACUCUGCCGUCUUAAUUUAAAAUUCCCGCUUCGGUCCACUUAUUUAAUCCCACGCCUGUUUGUUUUUUUUUUUAAUUUUGUAUUUAAGUCAAAAAGUCUCGAGACGAGCCCGUCGAGAGAAUAUUUCUUUACUCGGCUUUGUAAAAUCCUGCUGAUGUUUUAUAGACUUUUGAGGUACAAAAAAAAAAAAAAAAAGGAAGAAAAGUGAUCAUAACCAGAGAUGACUUGUAACCUUUAAUGUACUGAACGAGUGCCGUCAUGUUUCUUGUUUUUAUUGGGUGAGUUUGAAGCACUCAGUCAGCACAAUGAAUGAAGAGUAUAUAUAUAUAUAUAUAAAUAUAGAAACGUAUAUGAAAGACACGAGAGCUGUUGCCUCGUGUUGAAGUGGAAAAAGUGACACUCUGGUUUUUCUAACUACGCUGUGGAAAUCUUGAAUUCGCAGCUUCAGAGACUGUUAUUGUCUUUUAGCCCAGAAGGAAGAACGACAUCAGAAGAGGAAGGAGAAGAAGAAUUUGGACUAAAAAUUGUGUGGAUGUGAUUUUUUUUUUCCAUGAACCUGGCACUGCUUGAGAAGAAGCUGUGGUUUUCACUCUUGUGUAACUUCUGCUCCUGGGGGACGGGCUCCAGUGUGGAAGAGAUUCUCUCCGAAAUCACAUGAAAACAAAGCCUGACCUCCAUCUCCAGUUCUCCGCUCUUUCAUCCCGUUUGUUUGAUUCAUGCAGAAACCGGGUCAAGACAACUGUUAAAACAGGUUACAGGACGGCUUUUAUGAGCCGUUUACUUGAGAUGGCAAUAAACUAAGAACAAAGAUGUGUUUUCAUUAAAACGCAGCAAGACUUUUCGAAUCUUCAGGGUCUUCUAGUCCUGUUGUUCACGUCUUGAUUGAACUAUUUCUUAUAAUAGUUAAAAUUAUUUUUAAGUCACUUUUUGGUCUAUCCACAAAAUUUUCCAAAUUGUUACAGUAAUAUUCAGCUCCAAAUCCUUUUUUCCCCUCAGUUUUAUGAGCCAAGUCUGCACUUAGAAAAUGCUGAUGACCGACACUGAUCACUGAACCUGAACGCCUCCAAACCUUAAAGAAAAAAAAAAAAAAAAAAAAGCUUUUAAAAUGAUGAAAAUUAUCUCUCGAGGAGGAA